CCUCCUCCUCACACCUCCUCACACCUCCUCCUCCUCCUCUUCCUCUCUUCCGCCGCUGCUCCGCUCGCUGCUCCUCUGCACAGCCGCAGUCCACGGCGAUGCGCCGUUAACGGCAGAGCCGCCGCGCGCUCUUUUCUUCUUCUUCUUCUUCUUUCUUCCAUCAUCAUCGUUUUGAAGCAGAGAGGACCAGCAUCCCCUUCCCCACCCUCUGCACCCUCCACCUCCACCCCCGGGGCUGCGUCUCUGUCCGCCGGCGCCGCCGCACCAUCCCUACCAAUAACAUGGAAAUACAAGGCAGCCGUUCUUCCAUCUAGACGGGAAGUCUCAGCUCACAGAGUCAAGACGGGGGGCACAAUGAGUGAAGAGCCAGCGGCGACCCCCAGCUGGCUGACCCCUGACCCCACAGCAUGGGCCAGCGGAGGCGGGGGGCUGAUGGACAACAGCACCGGCCUGGGGACAUUUCCGCCGGACUCUCUCUCGCCCAGCCAGCUGCCGCUGCUCGUCAACCCCUGGGACAUUGUGCUGUGCUCAUCGGGGACUCUGAUAGCCUGUGAGAACGCCCUGGUGGUGCUGGUGAUCUGGCAGAACCCGGCUCUGCGCGCUCCCAUGUUCCUGCUGAUCGGCAGCCUGGCACUGGCCGACCUUCUAGCCGGCCUGGGCCUGGUGCUUCACUUCACCUGUGCCUACUUGGUUCGUUCAGACGCGGCCCAGUUGCUGACCGUGGGCCUGGUGGUGGCCUCCUUCUCGGCCUCGGUCUUCAGCCUGCUGGCCAUCACUAUCGACCGCUACCUGUCGUUGUACUACGCCCUCACCUACAACUCAGAGCGGACGGCGGCCUUCACCUACACCAUGCUGGUGCUGCUGUGGGGCCUCUCCCUGUGCCUGGGCCUGCUGCCGGUCACAGGGGUCAACUGCCUGGCAGAGGAGGCCACCUGCAGCGUGGUGCGGCCGCUAACCAAGAACAACAUCGCCGUCCUGUCUGUGUCCUUCCUGCUGCUCUUCGGCCUCAUGCUGCAACUCUACGUUCAGAUCUGCAAGAUCGUGAUGCGCCACGCUCACCAGAUCGCCCUCCAGCACCACUUCCUGGCUGCCACGCCCCACUACGUCACAACGCGGAAGGGCGUGUCCACGCUGGCCAUCAUCCUGGGCACCUUCGCCGCCUGCUGGAUGCCAUUCACCGUCUACUCCCUCAUCGCCGACUACACCUACCCUCCGCUCUACACCUACGCCACCCUGGUGCCUGCCACCUACAACUCCGUCAUCAACCCGGUCAUCUACGCCUUCAGGAACCAGGAGAUCCAGAAGGCGCUGUGGCUGGUGUGCUGCGGCUGCGUGCCGGCCAGCGUGGCCCAGCGUGCACGGACCCCUAGCGACGUCUGACCAAGCAGACCCAGGUGGGAAGAGCGAGGCGGCCUGGGUCAGCUCUGCUCCUCACUGGAUGUGUCUGGUGUCAAAGAGAGCAGCAGCAGCGGUGGCAGCGGUGGAGGUGGAGGUCAGGGGACAUGGCUUCAGGUGAUGUCGCUGGCGGAGGAAGUGUGGUUGGUUACCCACAGACCACUUGGACGGCGUCUUUUUCUUUGUUCCACCCACCACAGGGAGAGGUAUCGCACUGUCUUCCCCGGUGCAGGCGGCCAGUGCGCGGCCUGCAUCCCGCCCCCCUCCCGCUCAUCGCGUGCCACGCCCUUCCUCUGUCCUGCAGAGCGCUGAGUGCGUCACGUGUCACAGUGUAUAUACAAUGUGCAUAUAGUUAACAGCACUGGAGCUCUGGUUGACACGUGCUUGUUUUUUUUUUUUCUUCUUUCUCCUAAUAGGGAGGGAUUAUUAGUGUUGCGUGCGUGCGUAAAAGCGCACGGCGGAUUAACAGAAGCCAGUGUAUGUGCGCGCUGAGGGAGAGGAGAGGAGAGAAGGAGGAGAGAAGAGGAGAGGAGAGGAGAGAAGGAGGAGAGAGCGUCCGCGGCUCAGUGCGCAGGCAUUUCCACAUAAAGCCCGUCUGGAGCAGCAUCCCGGCGCUCUGCUGCUGCACUCUGAACGUGCGUCGAAAGCUAAACAGCCGCGGUGAACUAUAAAUAGACCCCGGCGCUCUCUGAUCCGCGCCCUGCGUCCUCCACCCUUCACAGACGCCGAGAAACAAACUCAAGCCGCUCCUUCCCCCCCGCCUCUCCGAUCCUUCUCUCGUCUCCUUUUUUUUUCGCUCUCUCUCUCUGUCUGGAUUGUGCGUGAACGUGUUUUAGACUAAACCCCAGGAGACCCCGAAACUAACUCCAGAUUACCGGAGGCACCGAACCGAAUAUAGGAUAUAGGCCUGUCGGAUAAUGUAACCGCCCCUUCUUUCACUUUUUAAAUGGAGAUUGCUUAUGACUUUUUGAAUGUCUGGAGAUUGUUAUAUAAGGCUUAAUUAUAAUUUAUUCCAGAGACCCCAUACAUCUGAUGGAUGAUUAUCCGUAAAUGAAGCUUAAAGGAGAUUAAAUUAAAGUUUUGGAGAAGAAAUUCAGACUCAGAAUUCUAAUCAUUUCCAAUAUAAAUGAGAACUCCAUAUUUGCAUAAACAAGCUGUUCUCAGAGGAAAAUAAGGUCCCUGGAACUGUGUUUGAAGCUAAAUAAAAAAAAAAGGUGGCAGGGUCCGCCAAAUAUAAACAAAGUAAAACAGUAUGAAACUGUGUUGUCCUUUAAGGUCAUUUUGUUUAUUCAGUUUAUUCAGUCAGGAAAACAGGGACAAUUUAGGUUGUUUAGGCAUAAAAAAACCCCCCAAAAAACUACAUAGCGCGCCUUUAACAUGUUUAUAAUCACAUCGCUGCAACCUUCUGUCAAAAGUCAUUUUGAGGGGAAAUCUCCUUUUAUUUGAUCUUUUUGUCUUUUGGGCCCUGCGGAGCCUCUACACCAGCCACAUCACAUCUGGUCUGCAUGCUAGACUUCAGUGUAAUUUGCAUGCAACAAGCCCAGAUCCCAUUUCCCCCGUCCUGAGCAGGUCGCGCGGGGCGAUGUGUCAUGGUCGCCUGACGUCAUCGUGACCUCAAUAAUUUUGUUUAUGUACAAUCCACCACAGUGCACCGCGCACGUGUCGCGUUGAAUGACCUACAAUCAUCACAGGAUGGUCACCCCCCCUUUUUUUGGCAAGGGGGGGAGAAACAAAUGUGAAAUUUCUUAACGUUUCUUUGCUGUACAGCUCGGUUUCGAUCAUGAUUUGAACUAAUCCAACAGAAGCCCAGCAGAUCCCAACACCCACCGGCUGCUCUGAGUUUAGUGAUCCAUUCAUUUGAGUUUGCGCGCUGAUUCCUCGCUCUUUCAGAAUCAUGUCAGCAAUAACUAGCCUGCAAUCGGUAGUUAUCUUUUAGAUGCGAAGCAAUACUCAGACAGCAAUAAGAUCCACGUCCCGCCGUGACUUCUUCCUGCAGAGUGGAGCACCUCGACGGGGUAGGCCAGCCGCCCGGGUUGGUGGACGUGUUGUAGUGAACAGGCUCGGUGAGCUGCUUCAGUGACACGUCAUCAGAAAAGGGUUAAAACAACUCGCUCCUCAAAGUUUUCCCCCUGAUCCAGAAGAUCCUUUGAUCGGUCGGAACCUUUGAUUUAGAAUUAGAAAAAAAUUUUUUUUUUGCAUCUUCCUUCUGUGAGCAUAUGAACCGUCCUGAGUGUCAUGAACCACGAGUCUCCCUGUGUGGUCUUCUUCGAGUUGCAUGGCCUCUGGGUGUAUAUCCGUGUGUACGUGUGUGUGUGUGUGUAUGUGUGUGUCUGUGAUCCAGCAGCUCAGCAGCAGACCACAAUCUGUCUCCUUGUGUCGUCAACCGGGACAGAAGGGAGAGGUCCGAACAGGAAGAAGACUUCCUGUUGACCCCCCACCUGGCCUUGACCUUUUUGAUGAUAAUGCUGCCAGUCUUCCUGUCGAUUCUGAGAGAAGUGGCCUCGUUCUGUGUUUGUUGAGCCUUUUAUUUAUUUUUAUUUUUUUUUGAGGACUGAUGGGACUUAGGAGGACCUGGUCGCUCCAGCACUUCAAGCCAAAGUGAGAGGGACUCUGAACGAACCGGGAUCCUAGUCCUGCCGUGUGUUUUCCGUCUCCUCUAUAUUGCUAAUAUUCUACUUAAAAAUCAAUCUAGUCUGGUCGAGGCAGGCGUCCGAUAAGUGACCUCUGAAUGAAUCUAUGAGCUAAAAAAAAGGCCGCGUCCAAUUACACGGAUAAUGCUUCUUCUUUCCUUCCUUCCUUGCUGCCUGCCCUCUUGGUGAGCCGGACGGAGGCCCGUGAGGAGCGCCUGGUCUCGGAUCACCGGUCGGGAUGAGUAAGGAAAGCAGCAUUUUCCAAGCACUUGGACGCAGCCUGUGUAUGUGAACUUGUGCACAGUGUCAGACCGGAUCCUGUCGGGAUUCAAUGAGCACCAACAGGUCAGGCUGGCACAUCAGACACCGUCACAAACUCUUAUUCCUUUACCUUUGGAGAGAAGUCUAUUUUGUUAUAUUCAUUGAAAAGUUCUAUUUUUUUCCACUUUUGUCUGGCCUGAAUUUGUUUGUCAGAUUCUGAUGUUGUGCGAUAUAAUGGCGCUGUAAAAGCCUCUUUUUUCUGAAUGUAGUAAUAAUCACGUUGUUUGAAACUGAUACUACCCCCCACCCCCACCUCCUCUCGACUCAUUUGUUUGUGUAAAUACGGCAUGCUGAAGAGGAGGGACUUUUAAAAACCACCGUGCAUGGUGCUACCAAAGCAAACUAUAAAGGGACAAGUUGGGGUUGCACCGUCUGUUUGUUUUUUUGAAUGACAUUUUCUCCACCUCGGCUGUUAAUGUAGAGUUUCUUCCUCCGUCGGGUUCCUCGCUUCAAUAUGCACCAGUUUGUAAAGGACGAUCGAGAGGUUUUUUGGCUACACAGAUGGGGGGAUGUUGGAGGGGAAGACGAAACAAAAAAAAACAACUAAUUAGUACACAAUUCUUUGUGUGCUCUCUGAUUGGUUUAUGUUUUCCUCUCGUGCGGCCAGCAGCAUUGUUGGGAUUUUCAUGGUCGAACAGGUGUGAACAAGGGCUUUGUAUCCAAGAAUAGUAAAUGACUGUGAUGUUGUGGAUGUAAUACUUCUCUGUAUACACACCUGUUAAUCUACUGAAUGGUGUAUUGACACAAAAGGAAAGGGUUUGUUUUGGGAAAAAUGUGUAGCCAACGUUGAGGAGGAGGAGGAGGAGGCGUCUUUACAAUGGUAACUAAUCUAGAGCUAAAUAUCAAAACACUUAAGGGCCUGUGAAUGCGUGUGUGUGUGUUGUGGGAUGGGGAGGGGGACGGAUGUCGACCGGAGGGACGCCACAGUAACAGCAUCUUGUGUAGACGUACGCGUAGUUUUCAAUGUGAAAUGCACUUUAUUUUUGGGGGGAUGAAAACGGCACAACAAAUUUAAAUAUCUGCAAAACGAAACGUAUAGACGAUAAUCAACAUGCACUAACUUAACUGAGAUAUUGUAAAAAAAAAAAAAACUUAAAAAAAAAAACAACAACAAAAAAAAAACAUUUGUGUGAACGUGGUGUCUAUUUUUCCAAGGUGUUAGUUGUACUUUUUAUUGCUUUGGUUUGUUCACUCAACUGAGAGAUCUUGUUAAUUUUGUAUUAAAACACGUGCUGUGCAUAAGAAAAAAAAAAAAAACUCCUGCCUCGACUAAUUUGUUCAUCCCCUCCUGUUUUUUUCUUCUUCUGUUUCCCUGGCAACCCCCAUCUUAGCUGUUCUGUUACCAUGGAAACUGACGUGCGUGUUGUCCCCUCGUUUAUGGCGACAGUGAAGAGCAGUGAAGAGACACGGGCAGACAUGAUCCUUCAUUCAUCAUUUUAUUUUUCUCUGGGUCAAAGGUUACAGAACUCCCACUAGCAUAUACAUGACCCCUCCCCCCUUCCCCUCCCCCCUUCCCCUCCCCUCCCGUACAGCAGUGAUCGAUUGCGGACGCAGAUGGCUCAAUCAAUUCUCACAUUAAUGAUCAUAAGACUUUUUACAUCCACCCUCAGCACAGCAUUUCAACAGCUCUCCCCAUUCACUCCCUCAGCAGCCGGGAUCCAUUUAAUCAACGACUGCGGCCUCCACCGAGCUCGUCCGUCA